UGUCUCGGUGGCUACGGACUCCGGGAGCAAUUGUUUGACUUACAACUAAGCAAAUAACGUUACGUGAUGGUGCGUGAGCCGCCAGGCACGUGGGUUUUACCAACCUAGGCAAACAUCGAUCAAUAUACUAAGCUUCAACACACUCCAGAUAGUCCGUGAACCAUGGAGGAUCAACCGAACAUCAUCGUGGUCGAGCUGGUCAAGAGGGAGGUCGAUGGCCUGGGAGUGUCCGCGAAGCGACGGGCGGCAGCCGGUCAAUCUGCCGUGGUCAUCGAGGAGGUGAUCCGAGGCGGUCCUGCUGACCAGACCGGGAUGGUCCAGCCAGGGGACACCAUCGUCGCUGUAAACGGGCAGGACAUCGAGAGCCUGUCGUACCAGGAGGCGACCCAGGUCAUCAGAGACAUCGAGCCGGGCAAGCCGCUGGAACUUGUCCUCCGCGGACCGAAGUGGUUCCACACCUACCUGGAAACCGUCCGUCUGAGCACCGGUCAGAUCAAAACCGUGCGGGUCACCAGGCCGAGCGGGCCCAUCGGCGCUCUCACACUCCUCAUACAGCGCAUGAGAGGCAACACCUUUGACAAGAGAGCCAUUCGCAAACUGGAGAACCGGGGCGACCUCCCACUCUCCAACCGAGGUGUGGUGAAUGGGGGCGUGAUCAAGAGCAUCCCGAACGGCACGGUGGCGAACGGCUGUCCGGUCACCGGGCACAGGGCAGCCACGGUGGGACCGGCAAACACCAGGAGGCGGCCGGCGCGGCUGAAGAACUGGCUGAGCGAGAGGAGAAUCCACGACACCCUCCACACGAAAGCAAACGACCUGAACCCGUGCUCUGACGGCAGAUGUCUCGGCCCGCUGAUGCGACCGCGACCGUACACGGCACCCGGGUACUUCCGACCGAAGGAAGAAGUCCUCGAACAGGCAAAGAAGUUCAUCUUCGAAUAUUAUGCCUCCCUGAAGAGGUCUGACGUUGCUGACCGUGACAGACGUUGGAGGGACGUCCAGGUACAGGUAGAGGAGAAGGGCGUGUAUCACCUGACGUACGAAGAGCUGGUCUAUGGCGCCAAGAUGUCGUGGAGGAACGCGCCAAGAUGCAUCGGACGUAUCCAGUGGUCCAAAUUACAGCUGUUCGACGCCCGUGACGUCACGACAGCCCGAGGGAUGUUCGAGGCGAUCUGUAGGCACAUCAAAUGGUGCACCAACGGCGGGAAUAUCAGGUCAGCCAUCACCGUUUUCCCGCCACGCACGGACGGCCGUCAUGACUACAAGGUGUGGAACGGACAGUUCAUGAAAUAUGCCGCCUACCAGCUGCCUGACGGGUCCAUCCUCGGCGAUCCCAUCAACCUCGACUUCACAGAGGUCUGCCAGGCUCUGGGCUGGAAGGGGGCGGGCACACGGUUCGACAUACUGCCGCUGGUUCUGUCUUGUAACGGGGAUGACCCGGAGUGGUUCGACAUCCCCAAGGAUAUCGUGAUGGAGGUCAACAUCACACAUCCCAAGUACGACUGGUUUGAAGAGUUGGGUAUUAAGUGGUACUGUCUCCCUGCCGUGUCCAACAUGUUGUUUGACUGUGGCGGUCUGGAGUUUACAGCGGCUCCCUUCAGCGGCUGGUACAUGGGGACGGAGGUGGGGAGGGACCUGUGUGACGUCAACAGGCUCAACAUCACUGAAGAAGUAGGGAAGAGGAUGGGCCUGGACAUCGCAAGAAACUCCUCCCUCUGGAAAGACGCCGUUCUGGUGGAGGUGAACAUCGCCGUCUUGCACAGCUUCCAGCGCAGCAACGCGACGAUCAUGGAUCACCACACGGCCUCGGAGAGUUUCAUGAAACACCUGGAGAACGAACAGCGCCUGCGCGGAGGCUGCCCGUCAGACUGGGUGUGGAUCGUGCCCCCCAUGUCAGCGUCUCUCACCGAAGUUUUCCAUCAAGAGAUGGCGAACUACCAUGUGAGACCGUCCUUCGAAUAUCAGGAGGACGCCUGGCUGGUCCACCUUUGGCGAAAGAAGCCGAAGCACCCAACCCUUCUGCAGUUCGCCUACGAUGAAAACCCCAAAAGGAAGUACCGUCUGAAGGAAGUGGCUCUGGCGGUGAAGUUUGCUGCCGUGCUGAUGAAGAAGGCUCUCCACAAGCGGGUGAAGACCACCAUCCUGUACGCCACAGAGACCGGCAAGUCGGAAUCCUUCGCGACGUCUACACUCGGGAUCUUCAAACACGCGUUUGACGCAAAGAUAAUGUGUAUGGACGAGUACGACAUCACGAACCUGGAGAAGGAGGAACUGGUCAUCGUCGUCACCAGUACGUUUGGGAACGGAGAUCCGCCGGACAACGGAGAGGCUUUUGGUCAAGCUUUACUCCACAUGAGGCACCCACCUGGAAAUGAUGGCAAAAAGAAAUCCGGCAGUGUGCGGAGAGUAAGCAGCAUCUCCAAGGCCUCCUACCGGCGUCAGCAGAAACUGCUGCGGCAGCUGCGGGACGGCGGGGCGCUCGGCAAAGUCAGAUACUGUGUGUUUGCCCUCGGGUCCCGAGCCUAUCCACAUUUCUGCGCCUUCGGCCACGCCAUCGACACGCUGUUUGAGGAGCUGGGAGCAGAACGGAUCCAUCCUGUGGGGGAAGGAGACGAACUGUGUGGACAGGAAGAGUCCUUCCGGGCCUGGGUCAAGGGUGCCUUCAAGUCUGCAUGUGAGAGGUACGACGUCGGCCAUGACGUCAACAUGGAGGAGGCGAACGCGUCCCUUCUCGGCAGUGACUUCAGCUGGGCGCCUGGGAAGUUCCGUAUCGUACAGACCAAGGGACUGCCGGAGACAGACAUCCUGGAGGGUCUGUCCAAACUGCAUCGCAGGACAGUUGUGUCCAGUACAGUCAUCUCCAGAACUCAGCUACAAGCUCCGGAGUCCAGCCGACAGACCUGCCUGGUGCAGCUGGAGACACACGGAGCUCACGAGCUGAAGUAUGUUCCCGGGGAUCACGUGGCCGUCUUUCCAGCCAAUGAGGACAGACUUGUGCAGGCGAUUCUGGACAGACUGGAGAAGGGAACAAACCCCGACGCCGUCAUUCAGAUAGAAGCGCUACAGGAGAAAAAGUCUCCAGCUGGUUUGGUCAAGACCUGGACGCCCCACGACCGGCUGCCGCCAUGUUCUUUGCGCACGGCACUAUCACGUUACCUUGACGUCACCACCCCGCCAUCACCCCAGCUGCUCCUGUACCUGGCGAUGCACGCGACGUCAAACAGGGAGAGAGCGGAACUCCAAGCUUUGGGCAAGGGAGGUCUCAAGUACGAGGACUGGAAGUUUGAGGUGGCCCCGACUCUGCCCGAGCUGCUGCAGGACUACCCGUCCCUACAGGUUCCGCCCGCCCUGCUGCUCAGUCAGCUGCCGGUCCUGCAGCAGCGCUACUACUCCAUCAGCUCCUCCCCACACAUGUACCCGGGCCAGAUCCACGCUACUGUAGCCGUGGUCAAGUACAGGACGCGUGGUGGUAAGGGUCCGGAGCACAACGGUGUGUGUUCUAACUGGCUCAACAACGUCAAAACCAACGAGUCCGUGCCUUGCUUCAUUCGCACGGCCAAGAAUUUCCACCUUCCUGAGGACCCCUCCCUCCCUGUCCUGAUGGUAGGACCCGGGACAGGCAUCGCCCCUCUCAGGAGCUUCUGGCAGCAGAGACAGGUGGACAUCAAGGCUGGUUCCAAUUCCAGACGUCCUCCAGGUGACAUGACCCUGGUGUUUGGCUGUAGACAGUCCAGGGUGGACCACAUCUACAAGGAGGAGACGGCCCAGGCUAGGAGAGACGGAGCCCUGACAGACAUCUACACGGCUCUGUCCAGGGAACCUGGGACAAAUAAGACGUACGUCCAAGACAUCCUUCGCGAGCGGAUCCCCAGGAAGGUGCUGGACCUGGUGCUGAGGGAGGGCGGACAUGUCUACGUGUGUGGUGACGUCACCAUGGCCACUGACGUCUGCGAGACCGUUCAGCGAAUCCUGGUGAAGCAUGGCGGGAUGUCUGCCGCCAGGGCAGAGGACUUCAUCAAUAACAUGAAGGACAACAACCGCUACCACGAGGACAUCUUCGGCGUGACACUGAAGACACACGAGGUCGAGGAUGCAGCUCGUAAGAGAGGGCAAUCUUUCAUCACCUCGGAUGAUGAGGACACUUCCUUGUAAACAGCUCCAUCUAGUGUCAGAUGAAAAGUGCUUGGACGCGAUGACAGGAACAUGGAAAAAGCUUUGGAUUCAAUGCAAAGUGAUGUAAAACUUGUAUUUAACGGAUGAUCAGUUGAACCAAGAGAAGCUAUACCUUUUAGUGCCGAGUGAUAUCUGGCAAAAUGUGAUUGACAUGUCUAAACAGUUUUAAAUGCAUUUAUUGAACCACAGUUAAGAAAUUGUUUUUAAGAGAAAAGACCAAGCCAGUGAUGAUGAAAACAGAAAAAAAAACUUCAUCCAUGUACCAAUAACCAAGAAACGCAAUGUCUGUACACUUUGAGAAGUUCAACGAUUAAGAACUUGAAAGGUUUGAGUUUUCAUCAGAAGCUUUGGAUUCAUUCAUUACAAAAUAUUGUCAUAUAACCUGUAAUUAACGUAUGCCUAGUUUAGUCAAAAGAGGCGUCUUAUAUUAACAGUUUUUAAAUACCUUUAUUGAAUCAAAGUUGAGAAAUUAUUUUUAAUAGAAAAGACCAAGUCAGUAAACUGAAGACACAGGAAAACAUUUAUCAAUAUACGCUUUUAUUCUAUGAAUCAGAAAGUUUACGAGUACAUAAUACGAGUCUGUACAUUUUGAUAAGUUCAACAAUUAAGGACUUGAAAGGUUUGAGUUUUCAUUUAUAGAAUAUUUGUAAUAUCAGAGUGAAGAUGGUGUUGGGUAUUUGGUUCCAACUGACAGGGGAAAUAUAAAUAUCGCACGUGGAUGUGGUUAUGGGAGCUCAUUAAUACUCUGUGACUAUUUUCAUAACAUGGUGAAAGGUAUUUCAUUUCAAAAGUCUUCUGUAAGCAAUAAAGGAAAUGUUUUAAAUGGUUGGUAAGACCAAAGGCACAUUUUCAAUAGUCUACAAAAUUGCUAGGCAGGAACAUUUGUCAGAAUAUUUGAUUCUGCUCUAUCAGCUAGAAAGCUGGCUAAACAUGUAAGUGUGUUGAAUGUAUGUUGACAAUGUGGAGCUAGUAUAAAUAAAUGCUCUUUAUAAUCAAUUUCUUACUUGUUUUGUGCUUUCUUGUCCGCCCAUAUGUGUUGCUAAAUGGAUUUGAAUGUACAUGUAUUCUUUCAAGCCUUAGUAUCUGUCAAGUUCAAGUACCCACCUUUCCUACAUUCCAUAAAUGAUACCACAAGAUAAUUAUCAGGAAAUACGGCUGCCAUGAGGCAUGUACGUCUUGUUGUAGAUAUGUACAGUCUGAUAAACCAGUCUACAGAAGAUCUCAUCCCAAAAGAUGACCAUAUCUGUAAUGUAUCAGUAUAACAAAGUAAUCCACAGAAGAAGUUCAUUAAUAUAACAACACUACCAGUAGCACUCAAGAAUGGUGAAUUAAAUCCACCAGUCCCUAUUUGGGAUCUUCGCAUUGUAUGGAGCAAUUAAAUAUUAACUAUUUCCUCCAAACUACAUGAAGAUAAGAAACGGAUUCAGACGACCCUCAUGUAGCCCCCUCUCAAUUUUGUCUUCCUUUGCUGCAGGAAAUGAUGACCCUUUCACCUCACACGCUAAAAGGCUUGUUACAGAAGUCAUUAAUGUUUGGCAAGACGUGAGGCUUCCUGUUGUAUACCAUGUGACAGACAUGUGAAGUUGGAGUCUUGUGAGUCAUAACCGGAGUGACUUGCAGAAAAGGGGAACGUGGCAAGUGAACGAACAGUGCGCAGGCGUAAUUAUAUGUUAAAUUCAUGCAGACGGCUAGACAGGGCACCUGUUGUUACUGUCCGCCAUCUUGGCUACAUAU